AUGUGUGACGCUGCUUCUCAACUGAUCUCCAUUUUUAGCCAAGGAAUGUGUGCUACCAGAAGAAUAAAGAGCGUAAUUCUUAAGAAGAACGGGCUGAAGAAAAUCGGUUUCCAAAGAUUGGCUCGAUUAUACGCGUGUAUGGGGUACAAGUCAACUAACAAAAUGUUCGAAACUUUUGCCAAAGAUUUUGACAUCAAAUUAUUGACAUGGAAAGAACAGGUAGAGAAAGAUGUGAAAAAAGAAAGGGAAAUUUUGUCAAAGUUGAGUGAGCUGGAUCCGAAUGCUGAAGAAGAGAUUAUUUCGGAAGCCAAUAAGCUUCAAAAACACCGAGAGAGUAUGCAUCCGUCGUACUCAUUCGCAGGAGAUAAUGUGGACUUUAUUAUAAAGCCCAGACAAAUGAUGAAAUCUAAACAGAACAAAGACUUCCAUAUGUUUCAGAACGUUGCAUACGAAAACAGGAUUUCACCUAACAAUCUAAGCUUUCUUCCAAGUGCAAUGGAACAAACAAGUUUAGCUGAAGAAAUCACUGUUAUGGUAUGUCAACUAUGGGCGAAGUACAUUCCUGCUUUGAGUUGGUUCAAUGAUUAUGUUCCUACACACAUUCCUCACAAGCACAUGGAAGAUGUUAAGAAGAAGACAAACAAGGUAAAUGAUAGUAAUUCAUACGCAUUUCUGAUUAACGCAUUGCUGAGAAUAUAAAGAAUGGUUACAUUAUUUAUAUUCUUUAAAGGUGAUCUACAGUCCGUAUGUAAACAAAGCCUUUGUUUACAUUUUUGCGUCCAAAAUAUUGAGCUUUAUUCGACAACUAUUUAUAUUUUCAAGCUUCUAGAGUAUAAUAAAUUAUCAAGAAACAACAAUCAGGCUUUGAAGAACCCAAAACAUAGUUAAACUGUUUGUAUCAUAAAAAGUGGGCUCCUUUGUGCACAUGCGCAGAUUGGACUGUAGGUCACCUUUAAAAAAAUUGCCCUGGAUUUUGAGACUUGUCCCAGGAAUGCAAAAAUGCAGGCCAUAUAUAUACCCCUCCAACCCAAAUAAGAAAUUGCUUACAACAGCACUGGGGUACAAGGCAUAUUUUAAUGAUUUAGCAGUGGGGGGCCAUAACUGAAGCCAAGCACCGAAAGCACAAGCCUUCCAUGGGGGUCCGGGGGGAUCCUUCCCCGCGAAAUUUUGAAAUCUGGAGUCUCUGAAAUUGCCAUUUCAUGCAUUUUUGGGAGGCGAAUUUAAAUAAUUCUGAAUACUAAAAAAGUAGCCUGCGAACAGACUCUCAAGCUGAAUUGAGAGCCUGCAUCGAUGACUAAUGAAUUUGAAUAUCUGCGUCUCAAAUCGUGACGCGAAAUUCUCAUUGGUCAGAUGCUAUAAUUUAUAUUAUUCCGCUGAGCUCUAUAUAUGUCAACUGCUAAGCACUAUGCAUAAAAAAAAAACACAUUAACUGAUCAAAUUGGUCUUGGCCAUCUUAUCUCAAAGCACGAAAUGUUCUGUUUUGAGAAAACAGUAUUUAAAACAUUUAAACUUUUGCUUCAAUAUCUUAUAUUUCGAAAAACAGUAUAAACUGUACAGUCUAAAUUUAGUUUGCAUGGUCUAAAUUUAGUUUGCACGAAAGUUGUAAAUAACACCAUAUAAGGAUAGACAUUCCAUAUUUGGAAAAACGAACGUUACGGGGCAGAUAUUCAAAUUGAUUAGUCAUCGAUGCAGGCUCUCAAUUCAGCUUGAGAGCCUGUUCGCAGGCUACUAAAAAAGUGAAUGUUUUAUUUCAAUAAAAAUUUUUAUUAACUUAUACAUAUGAUAUAGCAUCUGAGUCAAUUCCAUUUUGUGGACAUUACAAUCAGAGACAGAGGCCAAAAAUUAAAAUAAUAAUUUGCAUUACUUCUUGUAUAUAUUAAAAUAUAGUCAUUUUGUGUUUUUAAUUAAAACUUAAUUUCAAACCAUAAAAGUCAUAAAAGCAUUAAUAUUUCAUCAAAUACAUACAAAGUCAUACCAUUCACACUGUAACGAUCCAAUGUAUUAUUGUCUGAGGUAACAGUUUAAAUGCAAUAAUAUGUUAAAAGGGCCCAGGGAGUGGGGGCAAUUUUGUGUGAGUGGCCCGGCCAAAUUGCCCCCCCCCCCAGUAUAUAUGUUAAAAUAUGCCUUCCUGGGGUAUAUACAACUAUUUUAAUACAUUUGUUUGCAACAGGUACAUUUAGGUGUUCUUCGGAAAAACGAGCAAUACGAGGAAGAUAUGAUAGACAUAUUGGAGUGGAUUCACAAAUAUGUUCCAGGCCAUUCAGAUAAGGAUGAUCAACCUGGUACUUUAGUAAAAGUAUUAAAUGGCGGUGAUUACCUUACUCAUGAGCGGAACAAAUCAGCACAAUCAGCAAUGCAAGAUGGAAGAACACCAUCUGCAAAACUACUUGGUCUAGUAAGCAAGUUUGAAGAUUUCCACAGUCAAUGCGAAUGGUUAAAGGUACAGUAUAAAUAUUAACCAUUAGCUCGCAAUAGCCCAAACACCCAUAUUUUAGCAUUUUACUCUGUCUAACACCAGACAAUGUUACCCACUUGUUGAAGAGUGUUAACAGUGCCUCUUGUUAAACCAUUAUCUUUAAAUGAGCCCAAAUGUUCACAUUUAGCACCUUUGCUUUGUCUAUUACCAGACAAAUUAACUUCAGCAGAAGAAUAAUGCAAGUAUAUAAUUAGAAAUAAUUAGAAAUAAUCUUUGUCAUAUGUAGUCUUUAUGAGAAGCAACUUAUACUAGUGAUCAGGAUUUUGCCAUUAUUUUUAGAUAUUGCCCAUCAUAACCAAAUGAGAAAUUCUUUCCACUUAGUAAUCAGAUGAAAAGUGUUGCUACAUCUGUACAUCUUAAUCAUUAGAGUAAGAUGUACAGCUGUAGCAACACUUUUCAUUUGAUUACUAAGAUCAUGCAGUAAUUACUGGAAACAAUUUCUCAUUUGGUUAUGAUUGGCAAUAUCUAAAAAUAAUGGCAGAAUCCUGAUCACUAGUAUAAGUUGCUCCUCAUAAAGACUCUAAGCUACAUAUGACAAAGAUUAAAAUUAUUUCUACACACACCCACAUCAGCCACCAUAUAAAUGAGAGUUGUCUUAAAUGCUGUUGGAACUAAUCCAGCUAUCACUACGAUUUAUUUAUCGUGGAAUGGGUAUUGGUAGGAUGUGAUAUAAGCCUAAAUGCUUCAAAAUGUUCAUCCAACGGAACAAUUCUCCCAAUCUGUCUGUCCAAUGGACAUGAAAGGCAGCCUCAGCCUAGACAUAGGCCUUUACUCGACUUUGGCAUUAGCAGGUGGCAGCUGCUAUGGCAUUAGGCUAAUGACAUUACAGGGUAGAAAUGGAAGGCUUUUGUCUAGGCUGAGGCAGCCUUUAAAUCCAGUGCUAGGUUAUGCAUCAAAGCCACAAACAACCUCGUACCCAGGCUCUUUCCUGAGGAAAGAGCCUGGGUACGAGGUUGAGCCAUGAAGUAUUUUUCUGAAAGGACGUAAACUUUAAUCUGACCAUUCUUAGAAGUGUAUGAUAAAAAUGCUGGUGAAAGCUGUGUACAUUAUUUAUUGAAUUUUAUUCACAAGUAUUCAAUGGUUAAAAGUACUGUUUCUUAUUUUAAAGGUCAUAUGGCUGCAUUUAUAUAGUGUAUCAUCUGUAAGAGAUCCUGGAACUCUUUAUCAUGCAAGAAAUUUAAUCUGUGCAAGAAAUGUAACAAAGGAUCCUUCCAAGAAUUAUUAUGCAGCAAGUGAGUUCUUAGAUAAGUUUGGUGAUGCCUAUUUGGUUGCUGGUGCUCUUGAUCAUUUUGGAAUGACAUCAAUGAAUGAUGAACAAACGGUUAAUAAAUAUGAGGGUCUUCCAAAUGAUGAAGAGGCCAAACAAAGCUAUGUUCAGAGAACUGUUCGAAAUUUUAUUGACAAACAUGUCAUGAAUCAAAUGCCACAGCAGGAAUCUGCAGUGAUGAUUGACAACAUGACUUGCCGGUACUGUGGUAAGAAGUAUGUACGAAGAAGUUACCUUAAUAAACACGAGAAGGAGCCACGUUGA